UAUAGUUAUUCCCGCUUCUGGGCCAUAUUAAAAAUAGGAAUAUGCAAACAUGGUUUUUAUGCAUGAAUAUUUUAGGCAAGCAAUAUUUUCCCCCACCAUGACUGCCUACCUAUUAAAUGCAGCCCAUUGCCCACGACAUGAUUCGUUCUUUGCGCAAGCGCCGUAUUCUGCUGGCCGGAAUAAAACAGAGCGUCCAUUGGGAAGCGGCCAACAGUCAUCAUUGACCCACAGACGAGAUGAACUCGAUAACGCUGUUGGCAUUCGUUUUGUGGCUGCUCUGCUCCUCGUUUCUGGCCGCCGAGAGCAGUGUGCCCGGCAAGGACACAUGGUUGCGUCCUGGCUGCCAUAAGGUGGGAAAUACGCGUAAAAUCUCAAUACCAGAUUGUGUGGAGUUUACGAUUACAACGAAUGCUUGUCGCGGCUUUUGUGAGUCCUAUGCGGUUCCAUCGGUACCAACGGCAUUGACGGGUUUGUUCAGACCACCUAAGCCGGUUGUGUCGGUGGGUCAGUGCUGUAACAUGAUGAAAUCAGAGGAGAUACAACGCCGUGUGCUUUGUAUUGAGGGUAUACGCAAUGUGACCUUCAAGAGUGCCGUCUCUUGCAGCUGCUAUCACUGCAAAAAGGACUAGAGGAACCGCCUGAAAA